AUGGUCGGCAAACGAACUCUUAAUACAACUAAGAACAAACCAGAUGACCAUCGGAGAAAGGCGGACCUGGAAUGUGGCCACAAUAAUAGACGUUUCUCUGGUUUCAAAGAUGCUGUCGAUUAUGUUUUGGAUCGCCGAACCACAGCUGUCUUGAAGGAGCAGUUGCGGGAAGGUGUAGAUAGAGGGGCGUUCGAGAAGGCCAGAAAAAGUGACGACGAGUUGAAAAGAAUCAAAAACAAAAAGGUCCGCAAAUUCUACGAAAAACAAAACGCUACCUUGAAUGACUGGGCCGAGGUGGACACGAUAGUGCUCGCGAUGGCUGACGAGGUCAUGGAGAGCAUGAACACCGACGCCGAUCACGACGGGAUCCGAGAGAGGGAAGGCAGACUGCAGCAUGUCGAGGAGCAUAUCGACUACCUUUUGCCGGAUGACGUGCGGAAGAGAAGACAAAAGGCAGAUCGAAACGCCCGGUGGGCUAUCAACAUUAAUGUCAUCGCCAACAUUAUUCUCCUCGUUGCCAAAGGCAUAGCUGCGCUCAAGUCCUCAUCUCUGUCGUUGAUUGCCUCCCUCGUUGACUCGGCCCUGGACCUGCUGUGCACAGCCAUUGUAUGGACGACAAACAAACUGGUGUCUUGGAGGUUGUCAGCACUUACGAGGAAGUUCCCGGUCGGUCGGCGGAGGCUGGAGCCCAUUGGCAUCCUGGUAUUUUCCAUCAUCAUGGUUAUCUCGUUCCUUCAAAUUCUGCAAGAGUCUGUUGAGAAAUUGCUCCCACAUGGUAACCACGACAUUGCCACAUUACCCGCACUGGCGAUCGCUUCUAUGGCGGGGACCAUUGGGAUCAAAGGCCUGAUCGGUCUGGGAUGUAUGAGGAUCAAGACCACCCAGGUGCAGGCGCUGGCACAGGAUUGUAAGACAGAUGUGUAUUUUAAUACGCUCUCGUUGCUCUUCCCUUUGAUCGGCAAACAGGCGGGCAUCUGGUGGUUGGAUCCGCUCGGUGCAGCACUGCUUUCCUUGUACAUCAUUUACGACUGGGCAGACACUUGCGUCGAAAAUGUCAGCAGACUUUGUGGCCUUACAGUGGACGAGACGCUGCAGAAGAAGUUGAUCUAUCUGGCCUACCGCUUCAGGAACGUGGUGUCCGGAUUCAAGUCGGUGAUUGCGUACCACGCUGGAGAUGGCGUGUGGGCAGAGUUCGAUAUUUUGUUGGACGAGAGCACACCAUUGAGGCGCACGCACGACAUCGCCGAGACUUUGCAGUACUGUUGUGAGGCGCUGACUGAGGUUGAUAGAGCGUUUGUGACCACAGACUGUAAGUGUUCCAUAAGAUUAGGUCUACCCAUGGCUGACAGAGACCAGAUUCUGCGCAAAACCCUGGUGGACAUUCUCAGGAUUUGGUAUAACUCGGACAAAUAG